AUGCCCGCCGGCCGCCCGGGCCCCGCCCAAUCCGCGCGGCGGCCGCCGCCGCUGCUGCCCUUACUGCUACUCUGCGUCCUCGGGGCUCCGAGAGCCGGAUCAGGAGCCCACAUGGCUGUCAUCAGCCCCCAGGACCCCACGCUCCUCAUCGGCUCCUCCCUGCAGGCCACAUGCUCAGUGCAUGGGGACCCGCCAGGCGCCACUGCCGAGGGCCUCUACUGGACCCUCAACGGACGCCGCCUAGCCCCCGAGCUCUCCCGUGUGCUCAACACCUCCACCCUGGCCCUCGCCCUGGCCAACCUCAACGGAUCCAGGCAGCAGUCUGGUGACAACCUCGUGUGUCAUGCUCGUGACGGCAGCAUCCUGGCAGGUUCCUGCCUCUAUGUUGGCUUGCCCCCAGAGAAACCCUUCAACAUCAGUUGCUGGUCCAAGAACAUGAAGGACCUGACAUGCCGCUGGACGCCGGGGGCCCACGGGGAAACCUUCCUCCACACCAACUACUCCCUCAAGUACAAGCUGAGGUGGUACGGGCAGGACAACACGUGUGAGGAGUACCACACGGUGGGACCUCAUUCCUGUCAUAUCCCCAAGGACCUGGCUCUCUUUACCCCCUAUGAGAUCUGGGUAGAGGCCACCAACCGGCUGGGCUCGGCCCGCUCCGAUGUGCUCACGCUGGACAUCCUGGAUGUGGUGACCACUGAUCCCCCACCCGAUGUGCACGUGAGCCGUGUCGGGGGCCUGGAGGACCAGCUGAGUGUGCGCUGGGUUUCCCCACCAGCCCUCAAGGACUUCCUCUUCCAAGCCAAGUACCAAAUCCGCUACCGAGUAGAGGACAGCGUGGAUUGGAAGGUGGUGGACGAUGUCAGCAACCAGACCUCGUGCCGCCUGGCCGGCCUGAAGCCAGGCACAGUCUACUUCGUGCAGGUGCGUUGCAAUCCCUUCGGGAUCUACGGCUCCAAGAAGGCAGGGAUCUGGAGUGAGUGGAGCCACCCCACGGCCGCCUCCACCCCUCGUAGUGAGCGCCCGGGCCCGGGCGGCGGGGCGUGCGAGCCGAGGGGCGGCGAGCCGAGCUCGGGGCCGGUGCGGCGCGAGCUCAAGCAGUUCCUGGGCUGGCUCAAGAAGCACGCCUACUGCUCGAACCUGAGCUUCCGCCUCUACGACCAGUGGCGAGCCUGGAUGCAGAAGACACACAAGACCCGCAACCAGGACGAGGGGAUCCUGCCCUCGGGCAGACGGGGCACGACGAGAGGUCCUGCCAGAUAAGCUCUAGGGACUGGGGCCACCCUCCCUGCUGCAUGGAGACCCGGGGGCCGCACCCAGACUGGGGGCUAACUCUGUACCCUCGCCUCAGGGCACCCAAGCACCCUCGGCAGGAGCUGGGGUGGAUAUUCUGAGGGUAACAACAUCUUUGGUCUCCAUGUGAGGCCACUCUUGGGUGCAACUCCAGUGGGUGUGUGUAUGAGGGUUGGCUAAGCUGCCCAGACCCCUCCCAGGGCUGGGGGUGAAGAGGGGUCAUUGCUCCCCCCACCCC